CCCCCCCCUCCUUCCUCCCGGCGCGGGGGACCCGCCCGCGCCUCCGGAUGGCCUGGACGGUGCGCCUGGCGCUGCUGCAGCUGAAGCAGCGGGCGGAGCAGGAGCUUGGCUUCGGCAUCAGCUUCGCCUCAUCCCGCACCUUCGCGCUGUCGUCGUCGCUGGUGGACAACGGCCUUGCGGACGGCGAGGUGCUGCAGGUGCUGGCGCGCCGCGCCAGGCUGUUCUCCAGUCGCUUCUGCAGCAGCUUUGUGCUCGUACAAAGCGAUGGCACAGUGAAGGGCUGGGGGAACUGGCAAGCCUGCGCGGACAUGGACUUUGCGCAGCGGCGGCUCACGGAGGUCCAACAGGUGGCCGUGGGGAAGAACGCCAUGGCGGCACUGCGGGUGGACGGCACCGUGGUGUCCUGGGGUGACUGCGAGUCACCUGAAUCCUGCGGUCUGCAGGAGACGGACUUGCAGGAUGUCCAGGACAUCGCUGCCUCCAUCCACGCCUUCGCUGCGUUGCGGCGCGAUGGCCAGGUGCGCACCUGGGGCUGGCCCAACUAUGGCGGGGACAGCUCGGAGGUGCGGGACCAGCUGGUGGAUGUGGUUCAGGUUGUGGCAUCCUUCUAUGCCUUUGCAGCUCUGAAACGAGACGGUUCUGUCGUGACCUGGGGCGAGGCGCAUUGCGGGGGUGACAGCCAGCGCGUCCAAGCGGAGCUCCGCGCCGUGCGGCUGCUGCGCUCCACGGCUCGCGCCUUCGCGGCGCUGCGAUGUGACGGCACCGUGGUGACCUGGGGCCAUCCGGUGGCCGGGGGCGACAGCAGCCAUGUGCUGCUGCAAGGGGUCGUCGACGUGUCCAGCACCCGAGCCGCCUUUGCAGCGCUGCAUGGAGACAGUCAAGCCACAGCCUGGGGUCAUGCCACUGCAGGCGGCGACGCCAGUGCUGUGCAGGAUCAGUUGCAUGAGGUCCAGGAGAUCGUUGGAUCUGACGGUGCCUUCGCGGCCGUUUGCCGCGACGGGCGCCUGGUGCUGUGGGGGGAUGAGCGCUAUGGCGCGCAGAGCGGGCUGACCCACUUGAGCGACCUGCAGCAGCUGGUGGCCUCCAACUACGCCUUCGCGGCGCUGACGGCGGAGGGCACGGUGCUCACCUGGGGUCACGGCGCGGGGGGCGGCGAUAGCUCGGCGGUGCAGGAGCAGCUCAAGGAAUCUCAAAGGUCCUGAGCUGCAUGAAAGGGGAGAGGAGGUGCAGCAAGUUGUUGGCUCCAGCGACAGCUUCGCAGCACUGCGGAAGGAUGAGACGGUAGUGGUUUGGUGAAGUCGGCCCUUGCAUCUCGAGCUAGGGGCGCACAGAGCCCUUUGUGGGUGCGUUCCAUUUGCUUAAGACG